AUGGCUCUGCUGUCACGGUGCACACAGGUCCCUCUGGGCAUCUUCGCGGACACCUUCCGCUGUGCCCGGCUUCAAUGGUCCAAUGCAUCAUUCUUCCCUGUCACUCUCAGCCAGUUUCCUUUUCAGCAGCAUUCAUUACGGCGUAGCACUCCUCAGAGAGAAGAGGCCGGGGAGAAUGUAUGCGCUGACCCACUGCCAGAGAAAUCUAUCACUGACAAUGUGGCACACUGCGGCGUCCGGUGGAGCCAGAGGAGCCUGAUGCAGUCCCCAGGGAAACCUACACCACCAGCACAGCAGCAGCCAAGGAGAGAAGAAAAGGUUGAAGUGUGCUGA